AAAACUGACGUUUCAAUUCAAGAUGGUAGACAUGCCGCUUGUACCGUGAUGGAAUGGAUUCGUAGGAGUAAAGUUUUUAGGUGUGUCUUCUAAACAUCGAACUAUAAUGACACCCGAAAAUUGGACUGAAGUGUUUUACGAAUAUUUCGACAAUGUAAAACAUCGUUCUCGUGUCUCGUGCGCUAGAUUUAGGUAACGUUUGUGCCGAAACAUAUGUAAUACGGUGAUCGAAAUUCUGUUAUUCGGUGUAUCGUGUGCGAUAAUUAUUCUAGUUUAAUGUUAAAUUAAAAUGUGGAAUAUGAUGUGCGACGUGAUGCCAACGAUAUCUGAGGACAGUAUCAGUCAGCGGAGUUCGCAGUUCUCUGGUGAAGAUGCGAAUUUCGAGCAGCUUAUGGUGUCUAUGCUGGACGAGCGAGACAAGCUGGUGGAGAGUUUGCGCGAGACCCAGGAGCGUCUGGGAGACUCGGAGGUUCGGCUGAAGGAGGUGGAGAAGGAGCGGGACUCCUUGCAGCGUCAGAUCGCAGCCAAUUUACCUCAGGAGUUCGCGACCCUCACGAAGGAGCUAAAUGCUGCCCGCGAGCAGCUGCUGGAGCGAGAGGAGGAGAUCUCCGAACUCAAGGCCGAGAGGAACAACACCAGGCUGCUCCUGGAGCAUCUAGAAUGUCUGGUGUCGCGACACGAGCGCUCGCUGCGCAUGACGGUGGUGAAGCGGCAGGCGGCCGCGCAGUCCGGCGUCUCCUCCGAGGUGGAGGUGCUCAAGGCGCUCAAGAGCCUGUUCGAGCACCACAAGGCGUUGGACGAGAAGGUGCGAGAAAGGCUGCGAGUUGCGCUGGAGAGAAACACCGCGCUGGAGGAGGAGCUAGCUCUCACCAAAGAGGAGCUUCAGCAGUACAAGCAGUCUGACACGGACGGCGACAAGCCCAAAGAGAACGGCACCGUCUCCGGCUCACCGGACAACGGCGAGCAGCAGGCGCCCAAGGAUGGUAGUACGGAGGGGUCGGACGGUGGGCGACUUGCCGAACUACAAAACACUAUCGCCAAACAGUCGGCGGAGCUGAGCUCGUGGCAGCGGCGAGUGGCGGAGCUCAACAACAAGGUCACCGACCUCGAGGACAAGCUGGCCAAGGGUGAGAAGGAGCUGGCCAAGAAGCAGGACGAGGUGGCCAAGCUGCAGCGGGACCUGCGAGAGAACGUCGCGCAGAAGGAGGACCAGGAGGAGCGAAUCACGACCCUUGAGAAGCGGUACCUGAACGCGCAGCGCGAGUCCACCUCGCUGCACGACCUCAACGAGAAGUUGGAACAGGAGCUCCAGCACAAGCAGGCCCAGCUCAAGCUGCAAGAAGAGAAGAUAGCCGCCAUAGAAGAGAAGUUAGAGCUGUCGACGCAGAAGUUGGCGCAGAUGUCCUCGCUGCCGGAGAUGGAGGAGCAGCUCAAGGCGCGCAUGGAGGCGCUCAGUCAGGCGCAGGAGCGGCACGGCUCGGCGGAGGACCGCAUCCAGCGGCUGGAGGCGAGCGUGGAGGAGAAGAACGCCGAGCUGAUGCGCCUCAACCAGCGCCUGCGCAUGAACGAGGAGCACAACACGCGCCUCUCCGCCACCGUCGACAAGCUGCUCUCUGAGUCCAACGACAGGCUACAAGUCCACCUGAAGGAGCGCAUGCACUCGCUGGACGAGAAAAACGCGCUCACUCAGGAGUUGGAGAAGACGCGCAAGUACGCCGACGAACUCAUAGCGGAAAAGUCAGAUAUACUCAAGGAGCUGGCGAAAUGGCGCAUGGAGACAGAACAGCUAAAACGCCAGAUGCUGCAGGCGGAGAUCGCGUUCAAUAUCCAACAGACGGAUGCUUUAACUCGCUCGCUGUCGCCCGCCGCGCCGCAGCCGCCGCCCGCACUGUACCCGCACAAGUUGGACGGUUCGUGGGAGAAGCUACAACAGGCGCACGCGCUGGUGAGCGUGCAACAAGCAUUCGACGUCACCAGCGACGCAGAGAACUCGGAGGGUUCCGGCGCGGAGGGUCACACGGACGCGGCUGCGCUGGCGCUGAUGCUGCAGGAGCAGCUUGACGCCAUCAACACGGAGAUCCGCCUCAUACAGGAGGAGAAGCAGAGCACAGAGGCCAGGGCUGAGGAGCUCGAGUCCAGGGUGGGCAGCUACGAGCACAUGAAUGUCGUGUCGCGACGCGCCGAGUCACCGCCCCCCGCCGCCUCCCCCUCGCGCCCGCCCCACCACAAGUAUCACACGGCGCCGGCGUCCAUGUCCCCCGCGCACUCGCACUACCGCGUGCCGCCUUCCGCCUCCGAGAGCCUACCCUCGAGCCAGCUUCAACUGUGCGAGGAUAUGGGCGGAGUCGGAGUCGGAGUGGGCGUGCCGGGGGCGGAGUCACCGGCGGGCGCGCGUGCUCUGCGGCUGGAGCGUGCGGCGCGCGCCGUGCACGCUGACCGCGAGCGUACGCGCACGUACUGCCCCGCGCCGUACGACUCGACGUCGAUAAUGUCGGGGAGCCUCGCCCGGAUACCGAUACACAGGACAUUUAGAGGAGUUUUGCGCGGCGUACUCAAACGCUCAAGCCAGGAGUCCCUAGGUGGUAUGGCGGGCGCGUGGGGCGGCAGCUCGCCCGGUCUACCGAGGGGCGUGUCGGCGGCCGCGUCCGCUGCGUCCAUAGCGAGCAUGCAGCAGAAGAAACGCGGCAUCAAGAGCUCGCUGGGACGCUUCUUCAGCAAGAAGGAGAAGGCUGGCAUGCCGAUGCAGCAAGGUUCCCGCGGUCUGAGCUCGGCGUCGGCGCUGGGUCUGGCGGGCAUGGCGGACGAGGAGCACGCGCCCGCGCCGCUCGCGCCGCACCAGGACUACGCCCGCACCAAGGGCAAGGAUCGCGAUUACCGUCACGAGCUGCUCGGCGAGGCGAUGCGCGCGGGCACGCCGUUCGCUCUCUGGAACGGUCCCACGGUGGUCGCCUGGCUGGAGCUGUGGGUCGGCAUGCCGGCGUGGUACGUCGCCGCGUGUCGCGCCAACGUCAAGUCCGGCGCGAUCAUGUCGGCGCUCUCCGACCAGGAGAUCCAGCGGGAGAUCGGUAUCAGCAACCCGCUGCACCGGCUGAAGCUGCGACUGGCGAUCCAGGAGAUGGUCUCGCUGACGUCGCCGUCGGCGCCGCGCGGCACCGCCUGCGCCGCGCUCGCGUUCGGCGACAUGAACCACGAGUGGAUCGGCAACGUGUGGUUGCCCUCGCUCGGGUUACCGCAAUACCGCACCACGUUCAUGGAGUGUCUGGUGGACGCGCGCAUGCUCGAGCACCUCACCAAGCGAGAUCUCCGCACGCAGCUCAAGAUGGUCGACAGCUUCCACAGAACGUCGCUGCACUUCGGCGUGGCGUGUCUGAAGCGCGUGGGGUAUAGCGUGCGCGCGCUGGAGGAGCGGCGGCGCGCGAGCGAGCACGUCGUGCGCGACGUCCUCGUGUGGACCAACGAGCGGCUGCAGCGCUGGCUCGCCACCGUCAACCUCAAGGAGUACGCGAACAACCUUUCCGAGAGCGGCGUGCACGGCGCUCUGAUCGCGCUCGACGACAACUUUGAUGCCAACAGUAUGGCGCUGGCAUUGCAAAUACCGACGCAGAAUACGCAGGCACGACAGAUCCUAGAGGUUGAGUACAAUGCGUUGCUGGCUAGCGGCACGGACCGCGCUGCGCGCGCCGACCACGCCCCCUCCUGACAUCGCACCAUCAACUAGCUGACAACGCCCCCCGAUGACGUCACGUCGCCCACCAGAGAUUCCUUUUAUACAUAGAUCACGUGACCUCGGGUGGGGUGUUACAUGAUUCUCCCCGAGGUGGGAACGUACAUUUUGUGUGCUCGUUGUACGCUCGCCCCACCAGACUAUAUUGUUUUACGAGUUGUAAAUAUUACGUUUGUUUUAAUUUAUUUUUUAAAUAUUUAUUUAGUGGUGAUGCAGCGCGCGGCGUCGCGGCAUGCGGGCGCGCGUGAAUGGCGGCCGCGCUGGACGGUUUUGAACUUUUUUUACAGCUAUCAAAUAUUUUAUACAUAGAAAUAGAGUAAUUUAGUGAAAUGCUGAUAUUGUGCCUCAUAGUGAAUAUAAAACUGGUUAUUGUUUGCGCGUCCGCCCGCAACGAUCGUCAGAACUAGUCAGUGCCGCGCCGCCGCCGCGCCGCGUUUUCACAUUAUACUGUAUAAUGUAUAUUGACGUAACUAUUGACAGCUGUAGACGCUUAAGUUGUAUGUUAAAGUGCUCUGAAUAGUCUUAUGAUGUACUUAACUCGUGUAUUCCAUGUUUGAGUCGCGCUAUAGUUAGGUGUAGGUCACGCCCAGUGAUCUGAUGACUUGUUAUUUCCCGAGUGUUCUAGAAAAUUCUCGCUUCUUAAGCGCGCACCGGCGGGUUUCGGUGCGACGAUUUUUUUAAACAAAAUCUUGCAUCCGAAUAGCGCAGUAUAACGUGACAAGCUUUAAUAUAGUCCGAGAGUUUACAUAAUUUGCAUUCGGUUCGUCGGUAUGUACUACGCGGAGUUCGUCAUACCAAGUGCCUCGCGGAGGUGUGUACAUAGCUUUACAUAGAUCGAUGUGUGCCUCUUGUCUCCCGUGCGUGUACACUGUACUUACAUGUUAAUCCUUACUGCCACUGUACGGCUUAUAUUCCAGAGAUGUAUAAUCAAUAUUACGAACCUUACGAACCCCUCAGCCUUAUAAACGAUGGAGCCGAACGACGCUAACGCCUAGUUAACGGUCGUUUGGUCUAACAAAUGUGGGGAUUACGUUUUUCGCGCGAAUACAUAACCUAUCAGUGUCCGGUAGGGCCCCGUUAGCAGUAGCUACCGGAGGUGGGCCACCUCUGACGAUGUAUUUUGUGAACUAUCUUGUGGUGCGAGUGAAGUGUAGCUGUUGUAUAUUUUUGUUACGCGUUUACAAGUAACGCGACUCGUGCCGCGGGCCGGGCGAUUUGUGUGCCCGCGUGCGUAUACGUCCGCGAGUGCGUGCGCCACCUGCGUACACAUACGCAAACGCGUAUACGUCCGCAAUACGGCAUCGCCCCUCGACUGCGAGUCGACUAUAGCUAACGUAAUAAAGUAUAAUAUUGUAUAGCUAACCGAUUUUACUUAAAAUCUUUAUCAGUAGACUACGUGUAAAUAAUUAUUUCUACUAUAGCGUUUAUAUUGAGGGUAGUCGUCGAUUAGCUAGGGUUUGUUCGAACGAAAUGUUACUAGGAAAUUAUUUUGAGACCGAUUGUAAUUUAUUAUUAUUUAUUGAUCGCUUCCCGUCGGCUCGUGCAGCCGCGGUCGUAUGUGUGUGUGAGUGCGAACAGUAUUAUACGUGUGUGCGUCUGCGGGCGAGGCCUCCGCGCCCGCUCAGAUUCUUCUGUUGGCAACGCGUGCUCCCAAAUUCACCUCAUUUUAUGAAAUAUUGUUUUAAAUAUUUUAAAUUAUUUUUACAUAAUGGACUUUUAACGUUGUAACGGGUUUUAAAGUGGGUAGUUUUAUCAUAAUCCUAGAAAAUAUUCUCGACUAAUCGAUAAAGACCUUUUACAAUGUAACUAUGAAUUUCAGAUUUGAUGAUUUUGUUAUUUAAUAAAGUGACUUCCUAAUAGACUCAAUAUACUGUUGUGCUACAAAUAUCUAUGUCACAAACUCGACUUUAAUCUUUUAAGUAAUUUAAAAAUCUGACAACCCUAAGAAGUAAUGAUUUGGUCAUAUAACGGGAUAGUUCGCGAGGAUCCCGAUGUUGAUGGUGUUCGGCGUUGGAGCUGCGCCGUCGCCAGCGCGGUGGAUGGGUAGUACGUUCGUGAUCGUAGGGCUGUCAACUACUACAUUCACAGUUAAAUAAACCUCAGGAAUUUUACUAUGUUAAUAACUCAGUAAGUCUCGACUCUUUUAAUUUCAUAAGUUUAACCCGCCCGCUGUCGCAGUCACAUAAGGUCCCCAAAUCAGUAUCUUAAGUGUCGCUACAUUUAUGAUUGGCAGCCCUGGGCUAGCGCUAUUUCCUCCCAAGUGCCAAACGGACGCCAGAACAGUAACAUUCCAGCGGCCCGCGGGCCUCCGCGCUACCAAAGAGUAUAGUUACCUUCGCGAUAGGAAUUAAUGUAUCAUAGAAUAGUGCAAUUUCAAUGUAUAUAAUUUUACAAAGAAAGCUUGUUCGGACAAAAUAAGAGGUGUAGAAGCAGAGGGGCUACUCGGGCAUUCUAAGACGUGUAACCCCAGCGCAAUGUAGAUACACCUACCCACUGUACUAUACAUGUCGAGUAGUGCACUCUGCUUGUACACUUCGUAUCGGAGUAUUAUGGAGUUGGGAAGGAUUAUUUUGACCAAUGUAAUCUGAACCGUGUAUCAUUUGUAAAACAUUAACUGAGCGACAUACGUUAUGUAUAAUGAUAAGAGGUAAAUACAAUUUACACGAUAA